AUGAUGAUCAAAGUGAAAACAUUAACUGGUAAAGAAAUUGAAGUUGAUAUUGAUGGAACAGAUAAAAUCGAACGUAUUAAAGGACGUGUUGAAGAAAAAGAAGGUAGAAAAUAUAUUAAUUUUUAUUUAUAAAUAAUAUUACUUUCUUCUUAAAAUAACAAUUCCUUCACAACAACAACGACUUAUUUUCGGUGGAAAACAAAUGACAGUAGUGGCGGCGCCAGGAUUUUUUGGUAUGCUGGAUCUCAGCUUUAAAGCAUGGGAUCCAAAUGAAAAUUGAUGGAGGUUGAUAUUGGUCUUCAAGGAUGACUUUCCAUCAGACGAUUUUUGUAAUAGAAGUUUGCGAAAAAAAUUAGCAUUUUCCUGAGCCCACCCAAGAAUUUUCUUACAUUUUUAGUAAUAUCCAAUUUUUAAGAAUUCCAUAGAAAGCUACAUCGAAUUUCAUCGAGAGAUUUCAAAUUUCAUCUUGAAAUAUUCAUCCGUUCAGGAGUUAUGACGUUUUGAACUUCUGGUGCAAUUUUUUCGAAACGUACCAAAACUUCAAAACGUCAUAACUCCUGAACGGAUGAAUAUUUCAAGAUGAAAUUUGAAAUCUCUCGAUGAAAUUUGAUGUAGCUUUCUAUGGAAUUCUUAAAAAUUGGAUAUUACUAAAAAUGUAAGAAAAUUCUUGGAUGGGCUCAGGAAAAAGCUAAUUUUUUUCGCAAACUUCUAUUACAAAAAUCGUCUGAUGGAAAGUCAUCGUUGAAGACCAAUAUCAACCUCCAUCAAUUUUCAUUCGGAUCCCAUGCUUUAAAGCUGAGAUCCAGCAUACCAAAAAAUCCUGGCGCCGCCACUAAAUGACAGAUGAUAAAACAGUUAGUGAAUACAAUGUCAAUGCUGGAAGUGUUCUUCAUUUAGUCUUAGCUUUACGUGGUGGAUAUUAAAUGAAGAUAUAAAAGAAUUAGAACUAUAUUUUAUCUUGUAUACUUCUUUAACUUAAUUAAAUAAACAAGAUAUAAAUCUAAAAAAAAAAACAAUUUUUUUUUAAAUUUCAUUCACAUUUAGAAAUACAAACACAAUCAUAUGGAAAACAUUUAUUACUAAGAAAAAAAAAUAUAUAUAUACUUUUUUUAUUUUUGCUUCAAUAAAAAUAACAUUUUAGAAAAAUAUACAAAGCCUCCCUUAUCUGAUUAAUUAAACUGAGCGUUUAGAAUAAUUUUUAAAUUUUAGUAUAUUCUUUUUUUAAAGUUCUUUUUUAGAUAAGAAAAAUAAAGUUUUUUCAUGAUAUAAAAUUACUUCCAUAUGGUUCAAUAAACAUUCUUGUUUAUUCAUGUCUAAUAACAUUGAAGUUAAAACAAAUGCGAAAACAAUAUCAUUAUUUGUGGAUUUUUCAAUGUUAAGAUAUUCUCAGAAUUCUUUUUUUUUCAAUAAAUUUAAUGAAAAAUAAUAUUAGAGGAAAAUUAGGUUUAUUCAUUUUGGAAUUAAUGUCGAUAAAAUUGAGAUAUUUUGUUUCACAAUGAAAGGUAAAUAGAAUUUAUCUGAAAUUAUUUCAUGAAAAAAAACAUGUAGUUUUUUUAAGAUAUGAAUUCAAAAUUUCGAAGAAAAAAUUAAAACCUAUUAGUCAAUCAAUCUCCAAUGCUCAAAGAUAUUUUGAACUGUUUUUAUAUUUAUCUUUUAUCAAUUUUUCGUCAGAAUCUAACAACAAAGAGAAAUUAUCAUUUUAGGAUAUUUGACUAAACGAGGAAAUUUAUUGGCUCUUAUUUCUAAGUGUUUUUUUUUUGCUUUCAUCUUCGUUUUUAUUUUCAAUUUAGAUAAGUGUCAUCGAAUUAACAAUGAGUCAUUCAAAAUAAAAAAAGUGUCAAUUUUUUCUUUUCUUAUCAAUUUAACUGUUCUUUUGUAUUCACAUGAGUAAGUUCAAGAUUACAAUCAUAUUUACGUCAAAAUUUAAAAAUAAUGAUAGUUAAUUAAGCAAAAGUAUAUUCAGAUUACAUAUUAUUUUGUUUAAAAUUCAAUUUAAAGUUUAAAUCUUCUAAUUGAUCGAUUAAAAUAUUAUUUGUAUGUUAAGAAAAGGAUUUGUCGUUAUAAUAAUAAACAAUUAUGAUGAAAAAAAAAACAUUUUCAAAUUCUUUGGAUUUUUUUCAAGUACACAGAACAAUAAAAAAACAAAUGACUCAUGAGAAAUACUAAACAAUGAAAUGUCAAUAAAAGAAAAUUUUUUAUUUAAAGUAAGCUUAUAUUUUAGUCAUCGAGUGUGCAUUCUAUCGUAUAGAGUAGCGAUGAGUCCGGGAGAGAAAAAAAAUUCUUUCAAAGUUUCUUUUAAAUCUUUACACAUAAUGAUCCAACUUUAUAUUAGAAACUAAUCACAUCUACUCGUGUGAGUGUUGCACCAGCACCAUAACGGAUAGCCAUUUCUACUCAGAAAAAAAUUGACCAACCAAUAAGAACUUACGGUGUUCCUAAAUUUUUCAAGCAUCCUGUGUAUAUUAGAGUGAGAUUAUUUAAUCCAUCAUAUAUAUAUUUAAUACGACUGUGUAGAUAACAGAGAUGGGAUCGGUUUGUAUCUUUAUGGAACCGAACCAAUCCUAUUUCUAAUAGUUAUUAUUAUACGAUUGAUCCAUAGUCUGUGAUUUUAUUUAUUACUAUCUUGACGAAUGCGUUUUCCAUCAUAUAUAUCCGACAUCUGCAUCGAUCAAAAGAAUCCAAAUUCAAUUAAACAACAUUUAAUAUGUGGCACUCAAUGAGUGAACUUGGUGAGCGGACAACUGAUCACAGGAAAUUGAUCAUGGGACAACUGAUCACGGACAAUUGAUCAUGACAGACAACUGAUCACGGCGGACGACUGAUCAUGAAUAACUGAUCAUGAAGGGUCAUGAGAUUAUUGUUAUCGUUUAGGGUGGGUGUGGAUGUGUGAGGUGUGGGUGUGGGUGGAUGUGGAUGGGUGUGGGUGUGGGUGUAGAUGUCGGUGUAGGUGUAGGUGUGGGUGUGGGUGUGGGUGUGGGUGUAGAUGUCGGUGUAGGUGU